AUGGGGGCGCGGAUAUGGCUUCCUCACAACUUAUCUUUUUCGAACGCUGCAUUGAAUGGUACGAAUGGAAGCCUAAACACUCGGAAACAUAUGCACGGCGUUUGCUCAACAUCGUUCUGCCUACGGGAGGGAGAUUACUUGAAGGCACUUUUAUCCUGGAACGUGGACCCGUGCGAGAAUUUCUACAGGUUUGCCUGUACCCGCUGGAAGGGCACAUUGAAACUAGCCGAGCAAGGCUCUGCUGCGACCGUGGACGAAGCUCAAAUCAAUUUGUUAGAAAGCAAAGUGAAAUCCUUACUUGAUCAGGACAAUAUUCCGGGUGAGCUGGCAUCGUUUAAAGGCAUAUUUGACGAAUGCAUGAAUGCUAGCAAUAUUGAAAGCGCCGACUGGGCUCCCAUUUCAGAGCUGCUUUGGUUGGUGACGUUGGACGGUUUCCCGUACUCCUCCACACCGAAGAACGGUUCUUCUGUUUGGAAAGUCGCUGCUAGAGUGCUGAGGAUAGCGGGAACGGAAACUUUGUUGAACGUUUGGGCAGCAACGCAUCCCAAGAAGACCGGAGGUGUCGUCGCCGUUGGCGCUCCAGCGAUUCUUUCCCCAUACACCACGUCCGGCGACAGUAAUACAACCAGCUUCUACAAUGCGAGUGCCUACGCCGCUAUAGCAGCACUUAACAAACAUAACAAACAGCGUAACCAUUGGGUCUACGCUCAGGAAGUGGCGCAGUUCGCGAGCCGACUAGAAGGCUUCGCUUUUAACCAGAGUCGCCUCAUAGGUCCAAACGCACAUCGCACAGGAACACUGAGGGAUCUUCCCGAGCUAUUUACGUUUCUUACCUCCCUCUUUGCGGGCAGUGAGGGGAUAGAUUACAAUGGCAGCAACACAGAAGUCCUGAUCGAGUCAUCGGUAUUCCUCAGCCAAUUACUCAAUCUAGUUCGUAACACAGAACCGUACAUCGUACUUAACUACCUUGGAGUCCGUCUGAUGCUGGAGAUGUCAGCCUUUCUACCAAUGUCUGCAAAGGACCUGAAGGAAGGACUAGUGGGCGCCAUAUACAGAAAACAACGUCCUCAAGUACCGCAAUGGAAUUUAUGCUUGAGGGUGGUGGAGCGCGCUUCGCCCGCACUUUUCCUUUACGCCACUCGGGUCACUAACUUGCAUGACAGCCUUAAUUCAGAUUCCAUAAUGCACCUGUUGGGAGCACUCAGAAGCGAACUUAUGAAGUCUUUAAACUAUUCAGCAGUCUUGGACGUGGAAUCCAAGCAACGGGCGAACAGACUGCUCUCCCAAUCUCGAUUUUUGUUACUUUAUCCACCUUGGCUGUCGGACAUAGCACAAGUAGAUGAAUUCCAGAGAGUUCUUCCAAGGGUUGUCCCUGGACAAGGACUACAGGCUUUUUAUUCUUUGCGUGCGAAGAGCUUUUUCGAGAGCCUGCGGAAAGGCCCUGAAAAUCGCUGGCUGGGAUCGGCUUUUGACACAGACUGUCGACACAGUGAUAACACAGUGUUCGUUCCUGCUUUGCUGUUUAACAUCUCGCUAGCUGCUCACGAGAACAGUACAGUCUUUCAGCUGCCGCAAUCUGGCAUACGGGUCAUGCGUUGCUUGCUGAACAUGGUUUUGCACGCGGUAUGGGUCGACAGUGGAACCUCCCCUCGCCGCUGGUGGCCCGACUUGGCGAAUUCUUUCCUGAGGAACUCGCAGCUAUGUUUACAGCAGUACGCCUUGGAUCGCAUCGAUGCGACUAAACUCCUGGAGACGUCGAUGGCACUGAAGCCAGUCUUCGACAAGUACGACGCCGAAAUAUCGAGUGACACUAAGUUUGAGAAUUUUCAAACGUACGAUGCUCGUCGCUUGUUCUUCGUAUACUAUAGUAUGGGGUUCUGCAGCGGCGGUAGCAGCUCAAGUAUAUCGGAGGCAGAAAAUUUGGUCAAUGUGCCUCUGUGGAACUACCGAAGCUUCCAAGAGACGUACCACUGCCCGGUUGGAUCUAGUAUGAAUCCCGAAAGAAAGUGCGUGCUCUGGCAAGAAACGCCAUGA